UUAAUCAUUAUAUAUCUCCGCCUAUUCUGAUCUGCUGAAAAAAGCACUCAAUCGGCAACUCUAAACACCAAACACGAAGAUGGACGGCCACCACCACAACACCCGCCACCACGAUCGCCGAGAAGAAGAAUACAACCACCCGCCUCCGCCGCCGCAAAUUCACCACACCGGGCCAGCGCCGCCGCAAGUGCACCACACCUCUCACACCGGACCGACUCCGAACGCGCCGCCAGUCUACACAGUGAACGCCAAUCCAUCUCCGCCGCAAGUCCAUCACACCUCCCACUCUCCUCCUCCGCCGCACGUGCCAAGCCACAGCCCGGCGCCCGCCGCCGCCCACAAGCCUAAUGUUCCGGCCCACAACGAGCUGGCAAAUAAACCUUCUGUGAGGAUGUAUUGUAAGGCUGAGCCCAAUUUCUCCUUGACAAUUCGCGAGGGGAAGGUUGUUCUUGCGCCAUCGAAUUCCGCCGAUCCUUUGCAGCACUGGAUAAAAGAUGAGAAGUUCAGCACGAGAGUCAAGGACAAAGAGGGCUUCCCGAGUUUUGCUUUGGUCAACAAAGCCACUGGACAAGCUAUGAAGCACUCUAUUGGUGCUACUCAACCUGUUGAGUUGACUCCUUACAAUUCCAACAAACUCGAUGAAUCCAUUUUGUGGACGGAGAGCAAGGACUUAGGCGAUGGCUAUCACGCAGUGAGGAUGGUCAGCAACAUCAAACUAAACGUGGAUGCAUUCAACGGGGAUAAGAACCAUGGUGGCGUCCACGAUGGCACUACAAUUGUGCUCUGGGAGUGGAAGAAGGAUUCAAAUCAACGCUGGAAGAUCGUCCCAUUCUGAUUGAUUGCAUCUCGUGGAUCUCUUGCGUGGAUGUGUGUUUGUUGUCGAGUGGGUUAUGCUAUGAGUGUGAAAUAAACGUGCAUUUGGGCUUCAACUGCACUCUUCUGUAUUAUUGAACAACAGUUGCUGGAUUAAAUGCUUUGUUUGGGGAUGCAUAUGGUUUGUUCCUCAUGUGUAACUCCUUUCCAUUUCCUUGUAUGAUUGUACCUAAGUUUCUUACUGCCAUCUUUUUAAGGAUGAAACGUAGCUCAAUCUUCCUUUUUCAAUAAUGAACAUAGCUUAAUUGGUGAAA